GGAAAAUGCUCCCUGACUAAUGUUCUCAUCCUGAACCCAACAAUGGUCAGAUGUACGAAGGCACUCAUAAAAUCUCGUAGUUCAUAUCUUCCUGAUGGUAAUCCGUACCUGUUUGGAAUCGGGGGUACAGGCAGGAACAACAGCAGACUAUCCAACUCAUUGGUUGUAAAAAACUCUCAUGAGAAAGCUGGUGUACCGCCAACUACGGCUGCCACGCGUAGAAAAUUGUUAGCUACUGUUUAUCAGAUGAGAAAACCGUCAGAUGCCCAAAUGGACACCAUGUCUAAUCAUUUAGGGCAUUCACUGACCACUCAUAAAGAAUAUUACAAGAUGCAGACUAGCCUGGUUGAAAUGCAGAUGGUGGCACCCGUCUUGUACGAUUUAGAUAGGGGUGAAAUAGAAUUGGGCUUUGAACAUGCAUUUCAACCCCACACCUGUUCUCUAAGGUAUUUUUCGUCUCCUGUAGAAGAUGAUGAAGUAGUUACCCCAAGAAAUAAAACAAUCAGAAGAUUGCCAGGUUCACAAGCUCGGGGUGGAAGGGGAGGAUCAGGAUCCACUGAAGAAGUCAGAGGAAAACAAUCUGGUUUACGUCCUCCGGGUGGAAGAUCCAGUGUAGAAGGAAGAGGAGAACAGUCUACUUCAUUUGGAUGUAAGAAAGGGAAGCCGACACCUGGGAAAGGGAAACGCACCAAAGUUUUUAGACUUAAUGACGAUGAAAAAGCAGAUAUUGCUCGAUAUUUUUCGCGCAAUAUUCAGAUGGGAGAAACGAUCAACAAACAACAGGCCGUGGAGUUCAAUAGAACUACUGGGCGUGAUAUACCUUACAACUAUGUGACAAAUCAGGGAAUUAGGAUUAUCAAUAUUGUUUCAAGUUUAAAUUUGAAUUUUUCUAAUUUACGAGUACUGUCAAUUGUUAUUUUUGGUAAUUCUUUUGACCAUGAAAAACUCCUAAUUUAUACAGGUCCGGAGUUUAGUCGUACAGAAAAGAAGAUUAAUUUUUUAACACGUUUCGCUCCGCAUUUAUAAAAAAUUGAAUAAAUAUUUUUUACCUAAUGAA